GACGCACAUUUCUGCCAAGCGCUUAUCCCAAGAGGCGAACUACUCUCCAAGGACUCUGUAGCCAAGUUGGCCGACUGCCCCUGAGUACUGGACACAGCCUUCGUUUCUUGAUUUGGGGUCAGGCUUACUUGCCAAUUGUUAAGCACGCCUGUGUGUGCGUGCGAGACUUGUGGACUGUGAGGUGCGCCUUUGGGGCGUAGCCGAGCGGUUUAAAGCAGCAAAUCCGCGUUCACCCACACCUUCCACUUCUGCUCAUCUCGGCAGGCGCUCCACGGGUUUGCACGAACUAGCGGGUCCUGACCCUCCUUCCCCCUCCGCGGUGUCCGUACAACCCGGGGCAGCCACUUCUUCCCGGGGGCGGGGGGUGAGGAUGAAGUUGGAAAAACUGAACCAGAUCUAGAGCCGAGCGCCGCAAACGCACUUGGAGGGAGGCUUCAGCGCGCAGGAGAGGGAGAUGUUGGAUGAAAAUAACCAUCUUAUUCAGUGUAUAAUGGACUAUCAGAAUAAAGGAAAGACCUCAGAGUGUUCUCAGUAUCAGCAGAUGUUGCAUACGAACUUGGUCUACCUUGCUACAAUAGCAGAUUCUAAUCAAAAUAUGCAGUCUCUUUUACCAGCACCACCCACACAGAAUAUGCCUAUGGGUCCUGGAGGGAUGAAUCAGAGCGGCCCUCCCCCACCUCCACGCUCUCACAACAUGCCUUCAGAUGGAAUGGUAGGUGGGGGUCCUCCUGCACCACACAUGCAGAACCAGAUGAACGGCCAGAUGCCUGGGCCUAACCAUAUGCCUAUUCAGGGACCUGGACCCAAUCAACUCAAUAUGACAAACAGUUCCAUGAACAUGCCUUCAAGUAGCCAUGGAGCCAUGGGAGGUUACAACCAUUCGGCACCAUCAUCACAGAGCAUGCCCGUACAGAGCCAGAUGACGAUGAGUCAAGGGCAACCAAUAGGAAGCUAUGGCCCCAGACCAAAUAUGAACAUGCAACCAAACCAAGGUCCAAUGAUGCAUCAGCAGCCUCCUUCUCAGCAAUACAAUAUACCACAGGGAGGUGGGCAGCAUUAUCAAGGCCAGCAGCCCCCUAUGGGAAUGAUGGGUCAAGUUAACCAAGGCAAUCAUAUGAUGGGUCAGAGGCAGAUUCCUCCUUAUAGACCACCUCAACAGGGCCCACCACAGCAGUACUCAGGCCAGGAAGACUAUUAUGGGGACCAAUACAGUCAUGGUGGACAAGGUCCUCCAGAAGGCAUGAACCAGCAAUAUUACCCUGAUGGUCAUAAUGAUUACGGUUAUCAGCAACCGUCGUAUCCUGAACAAGGCUACGAUAGGCCUUAUGAGGAUUCCUCACAACAUUACUACGAAGGAGGAAAUUCACAAUAUGGCCAACAGCAAGAUGCCUACCAAGGACCACCUCCCCAACAGGGAUAUCCGCCCCAGCAACAGCAGUAUCCGGGGCAGCAGGGCUAUCCAGGACAGCAGCAGGGCUAUGGUCCUUCGCAGGGUGGUCCAGGUCCUCAGUACCCUAACUAUCCACAAGGACAAGGUCAGCAGUAUGGGGGUUAUAGACCAACACAGCCUGGACCACCACAGCCGCCACAGCAGAGGCCUUAUGGAUAUGACCAGGGACAGUAUGGAAAUUACCAGCAGUGAAAAAGUACUUACAUUCCAAUAGCCAGUAUCUAUUAGCAGCCAUAUUGUCACCUCAGCACUGUGGACGCCUCUGUGUGAAGAGAUCCUUCCAUUCCAUCUAGUUUUUGGAAAAACCUUGUGGAUAAGUGGCUGUUUCUUCAGUAAGCAGCCUUUGUGGCUUAGUUGUAAGGCUUUAGUAGCUAAAAAAAAAAUACUCUUGAUUUCACAUUUCUACUCUAGAUGGCAACAUUGGACAGAAAAUACAAUGACAUAACCAAUUUGCAAUGGUUUGGGAACUGUUUCAAAUGGACUGUUACAGACUGAAAGGUGUGAACAGCUUUGUAUGUUUAUGAAGGUUAAGGGAAUUUAAUACUUUUCCACAGAUUCUUUUGUAAGGGGAAGAGGGAAAUGUACACUUUUUACAGCAGCAAUAUUUUGUAUAUUAUGUUUAUUUCAUGUGAAUAUGCAAGGCGGUACACUACGCAUUGGACAGAAUCAGAAAUCCUCUGUUAAUGUGGAUUGGAGCAUGGUGGAUGCUUGAUUGUGUUGGUCUUAAAAUGGUGUACUAUAAAAGAUAAAGGUGAGGGAGAAGACAAAGCACACCAUAUGUCCACUAUUAUGUUCUUUAGAGGAAAUUCAGAUCCCUUUUAUCUGUUAGAUAAUCAAGGGCACUGUGAUAGUUUUGAGUAAAAACAUUUUUUUAAAAGCUUUCCAGUUUUGUGGAUUAAAACCUUUUUAUAAAGAUCAUUUAUAAUACAGUUUUAAAAUGUGAGGCAAUAAGAAUUAUUUCAUGUGGGAUCUGAAGAAUCUUGGUAGCAGUUUCAUGUAAAUGAAGUGGUAAUUCUCUCCUAAAAUAGCAAUAACCGAAAAUGGAAGUGUUAAUUUUACUUUGUUUGAGUAAUCAGGGAACUUAGUAAGUAAUAUCAAAGCAUUUUUUAAAUGAUAUCAAAGAAGAGUCAACAUUGGUCCAGUAAUUUUAUUUUUUAACAUUAGAAGGACAAUUGGUUUAUAUAAUAGAAUAGUUCGGGAGACUUUACAAGCCUUUAUUUCAACUUUCUUCCCUGGAAAUAAUGCCAUUUAUAAAAGGACACUUUUAAGUUUUUCCCUUUUUAUGUUGGUUAAUGUAACACAAAAGAGAUGUUCAGGAAAAUGCUUAUUGAUGAGGUUUAUUCUGGUCUGUAUUAAAAGCAUAGAGGUUGCAUUCUAGAUCACUUUGUUUAUUAGCGUGACAUAUUUAAUCAUAUUUGAGACUGUCCUGUGCCUGAUUAUUUUAGCUAAAUUCAGGGAUAUUGCAUUGGGCAGGAAAUCAUGCAUUGAGAAGUUUAUAACCACAAUUAUUUAAGCAUAAUCUGAAAACAUCUUAGCCCAAAGGUAAGUUGCUCUUUUCAUCACAGUUGCCUAUGCCCAGGGAAUAAGACGUAUUCUUUAUAAUUGAAUUGGUUUUUCCCACUUCUAACUAGAAACAAAACAGAAGGGGUGCCAUAAAUUUGAAUAAGCAAAAUGUACUGUUCUCAACAUACUGUAAUCAAAAGGAGGAAUUUUAAUGUGUUUCUAUGUGUGUAUGAGAGAGAGAGUGUGUGUAUUUUAAGGUCCGAAUAGAGUUUUUUUCAACUUGGUGAGUAGAAAAUGGACAUCAAGUUUGAACAGAUAAAGCAUGGACAGCCUUAUUGUGAUUGAAAAUGCUUAUAGGUUCUGUGCCAAUUUUCCACCACUGUGUACUUUGUUGCUAUUUAAAACUGUAUCAACUCUAACGGAAGAAUAAAUUAUUUGUGAUUUUAAUUUUC